AUGGGCUGCGGCGACAGGGACAUCGUGACGGCGGCGAUGGCGCGGCAGCCCUGGCGCCGCCGCCACGGAUGGCAGCUCCCCCUCCACCCGCUCCAGCUAGUGGGCGCGGCCGUGUUCGCGCUCCUCGUCGCCGCGUUCUACGUCGUCCUGGGACCCUACAUCGGCAACACCCUCCCCGGGAACAUCCUCCUCGGGGCCUUCUCCUUCUCGGCCGUGGCGGCGGCGGCGCUCUACGUGCGCUGCACGGCGGUGGACCCGUCCGACCGGACGGAAGCGAAGAAGGACAAGCGGAAGCGGCAACUCGCGCGGGGCGGCGGCCAUGGCGGCGCGGGGAGGCUGCCGCGGCUGCGGUACGGCUACAUCCUGUGGCGGUACGCGGUGCGGUUGCUGCGGCGGGUGGAGACGCGGGUCACCAACCGCUGGGUGCGGAGGAGCUACCUCGAGCAGUGGAACACCAGCGUGCAGCUCGACCCCAUGCUUCCCUUCGCCUUCUCCAGCCUCGACGACAUCGUCUCGCCUUGCGCCGCUGCGGACGGUCACGACAUCUCCUUCUGCCCCAUCUGCGACUGUGAGGUGAAAUUGCGCAGCAAGCACUGCAAGACCUGUGAGCGCUGUGUUGAUGGAUUUGAUCACCACUGCAGGUGGCUGAACAAUUGCAUUGGAAGAAGGAACUAUGCAACAUUUAUUCUGCUCAUGUUCUUUGUCCUGUUGAUGCUUGUUAUUGAGGGAGGAACGGCGAUUGCAAUCUUCGUUCGUUGCUUUGUUGACAGCAAAGGAGUCAAAAUGGAAAUGGAGCACAGGCUACAUAUUAGACUCCCAAAAGGAGCUCAUGCGGCAUUGUCAAUGGCUUUUGUUAUCUUCACAUUAUACAGUACUGCAGCUCUGGGUCAGCUCUUCUUCUUCCACAUGGUCCUUAUCAAAAAGGGCAUGAGGACCUAUGACUACAUUCUUGCAAUGAGAGAAGGAGCGGCAUUUGAUCCAUUCGAAGAUUCAGAUUCUGAUGAGAGCAUCGACUUUGACUCACCAGAGAAGCCAUCUUUCCUGUCAAGGAUCUUUUGCAGAAAGGAUGAAGGGAAUGAAAGUACUCGGAAGCUGUCGAUCAGGAUCGAGAGCGACAAAAUGGAUGCAUCAGGAGGGAAGGAUGACAUCCAAAUCAAUCCAUGGACGUUGAUCAAGAUGAGCAAGGAGAAGGCAAUGGCAGCAGCUGAGCGCGCACGAGAGCGGAUCAGACAGAAGCUGCCCACCUCACCGAUGAAACCACUGCCAGUGGAGACCAAGCGUGGCCCUCUGAAUCCGGAGAGAAAACACAUCACAGCUGGGAAGGAGAUCGUGCCGGUCUUCACCAAGAGCUGGCUGUCAGAAUCACCAACGACUGUGAGGAUCUCAAGCCCCAGAAGGCGGUUCUCGGGGUCAUCAUCUCCGAAGCCCCAGCUGUACCGGAGCAACUUCGACCUGAGGCUGGCCGAGGUAUCAAGGGAGCUGGAGACCCACAUCUCGAAGCAGGUGCUGUGCUCCGUCGUCAUGAAGGGUGUGGAGGACGAAGCCUCUUCGUCAUAAUUUAGGUAGGAUGCUGUAAGAUUACAUUUGUUGAAAUUUUUUGGUUCAUGGUCUCUGAGAAUAGUGUGCUGUGCUUGCUUAGCCCAUUGCACACACUUUUCUCAGAUUCGUUUAUUCGUUGAAGCCAGUGGUGUAUACAAAGGUAUAUCUUGCUGCUGUGCUCUGCGUCGAUCUCUGAACAUCUGAGUACAGUAAACAAUGUGGUCUUUCUUUUCCAUGAGGUAAAUGAAUUUCAGUGAGCAUGGUC